ACGAAAUCGUCAACUUUUCACAUUUUCUGCAGAUACUGCUGCAUCAAAUCCUUUCGUACAGCAGAAAUGGUUUCCGUAGAAGACUUAUAUAAGCACUGUGAUAAUCUUGAUAAAGCAAAGGACAAAAUAACUGAACAUGAGGACCAAUACCUGGCUAUUUUAAAGGCUGUCAAUGGAGGGAGCAGUGAGAAGAAGCUGGCUUCACAGCUGAUUGCAAGAUUCUUCAAAAGUUUCCCAAAUGUAGCUGAACAAGCUAUCAAUGCCUUGCUGGACCUUUGCGAGGACGACGAUGUAGAAAUUCGUAAGCAUGCCAUCCGAGCCCUUCCUUCCUUGUGCAAAGACAACAAGGACUACGUUUCCCGAAUCGCUGAUGUCUUGACCCAGCUGUUCCAGACAGACGAUCCACAGGAAAUGCAUCUGGUUCAGACGUCAUUACUGAGUGUGUUCAAAUUGGAUCUCAAAGAUGCUCUCAGUGGGCUCUUUUCUCAGAUUAUGACCGGUGAAGAUGUCAUACGUGAUGGUGCCAUAAAAUUCUUGCACAAGAAGAUUUUAACAUUGCCAGAGGAUCUAUUCUCAAAAGACAUUGAGGACUUGAUCUUAUCUGAGAGCAAAAAGGUUUUACAAGACGUUACCGGUGAUGAAUUUGUGGUGUUCAUGAAAGUACUCUCCAACUUGAAGAUCUGUGGCACGGUACAAGGCCGACAACAAUUAGUAGACAUUAUAGCAGAUCAGCUGGACUUGGACCAGACAUUCUCACCACAGGAUACAGAUAGUGUUGACAGACUCAUUCAGUGCGGUAAACAGGCACUACCAUUAUUUUCGAAAAAUGUCCACUCCCGAAAAUUUGUUGAGUAUAUCAUUGACCAAGUUUUGCCACUCCUACAUGGAAUAGUCAGUGAAAAUGAAAAUGAAGACACACAACUGGAGAUCCUCAAGUUAUUUGCCGACAUGUCGACAUUUAUUGGUGAAAUGGAUAACCUUCCUGACAGACUUGAUAAAGUUUACACCAGGCUGCUGGAAUACAUGCCGUUACCGCCAGCCGAUGAGAAUGGUGAAUCAGACACGAGUGACCAACCUAAACUUCAAUUCUCGUACGUCGAAUGCCUCAUGUAUGCCUUCCAUCAAAUUGGUCGAAGACACCAAGAAUUCCUCAUACACGAAGACAAUGCUGAGCGAUUAAAAGAUUUCAGAUUACGGUUACAAUACUUUGCCCGAGGUUCAACAGCUUACUGUAAACAGUUGAAGACGGCGUUAGAAGGCAAAACCGGUGAAGCACUCAAAACCGACGAGAACAAAAUCAAAGUAGCUGCUCUAAAGAUCACAACUAAUAUCAAUGCACUUAUUAGAGACUUGUUCCACAACCCACCAUCUUAUAAAUCCAUCCUAACAUUGUCUUGGAAACCACUAGUGCGGCCGAGUACUGUAGCGGCACCAAUCGCUCAAAAACGAACAUCAUCAACCGAGAGUGGUGCUGGUGGGAAGAGAUCAUUCAGAGAAGAACGUGCCAUUUAUGCUCCACCAAGUGGAAAGUUCAGUGACAAGGCAGGUAGUUUCCCAGCCGGUGCCGGUGGGCGAGGACGUGGUGGAUUCCGUGGUCGAGGACGGGGACGAGGAUUCAAUCGGGGCGUGAGGUUCUAAACGUUUGGAGACAAGACUACCAUUGCUGCGAUAACGGGUCUUAACCGAAAACAGAUUACCAGUGGUACAGCUAGUUCAAAGAACUGAACAACUGAAGUACCCAUGGUGUCUGACAGUAGAGACUCAAAUCAGGCGGAGAAUUUUAUUGGAAAACGAAACGGAACUUUUAAGGACAAGUUACUUUGUCCACGAAUGGUAUUGGAAAUCCUGAUCCAGUUUCGACUCUUUGAUAUUCCCUGAUUUUGAGAACGCUUGCCCUCAGUACCAGAUUGUCCGGUACGAAAUAGGGCAAAUGAGCUAGCAGAUCCAGUUGGACUCAGAAACAUUUCUAACUUCAACCCGCUUGUCUGUUACGAUUGGUGUGAUGUGGGCAGUUUCAUGUAAAUACACAUCAUAAGAGUCAUUACUGUAAAUAUGAACUUUAGUUACGUAUCGUCUAGUGGCAGACGUUUACAGAAACAUUUGCAUAUUUCAGCUUUACCAUAGCAGUUAUAGUUGUACUGACUGGAUGAUGUGGGACCGUGUUUUAAUUUAAUUUUCUUCAGUUUCAACUCAUUUGGGAAUGCUUGUUAGUUAUGAAUGUCUUUGUAUUGUCGGUUGAUGAACAUGUACAUGUAUGCAUAAGGCCCUUGAAGUAAUACCAGUAACUAUAAAAGUCAACAGAUCUAUUAUUGGUAGGAAAUACGAAUGUGAAGUUUCAUCUGUUUUCUGAGCUAUGUUGACAUCAGGCAUGAUGCUAUUAACGUUGGUUGCUAGGUCCUAUUGCAGCCAACGUUAUGUCUGAUUCUAGCCUAACUUGAUGUUUUUAUUGAUAGUGUUAUGUAACAACUAUUGCCAGCUAUAAAAUAAUGUGUAUCAAUAUUUAUUUGAGUUUCUGCGCAUUAUGUUGCACCAUGGCGUCAGUUUUUUUAAAUGCUUAAAUGUUUCUUCUUGAACAAAGUUUUAUGUUGACCUCAGAUUUGGGUCUUGGCAUUUGAUAUAUGAAAAUAAAAAUACAUGUACAAGGUACAUUUCAAAACAGAA